UUCCGUUUCAGAACCUGCCUGCGAACUCUGAAAUUCUACAAAAUCAAUUUCAUUUGGGCAGAAGCCAAACCGCGUACUUUGCUCAUCUUCCAUUUUGAUCCAUUCGUAUUCAGAACAGCAACAAAGCGUGAAGGAGAAACAGAGGAUAUGCAUCCGCACCAGAAGACAGUUCUUCCCAAGAGAAUAAUACUGGUUCGUCAUGGUGAAUCUCAAGGAAACCUCGACACUGCAGCCUACACCACCACCCCUGACCAUGAGAUUCAGUUAACCCAACAAGGCAUUGCGCAGGCCCGCCUCGCCGGAGAUAAAUUACGGCAGAUCGUUUCUGGCGGCGACUCUUCUCCUGAUUGGCGGCUCUACUUUUACGUGUCCCCCUACCACCGUACUCGGUCGACCCUUCGUGAGAUUGGUCGAUCUUUCUCCAAGAAAAGGGUACUUGGCGUCAGAGAAGAGUGCCGAAUCAGGGAGCAGGACUUUGGGAAUUUUCAGGUCCAAGAGAGGAUGAAAGUCAUCAAGGAGACGCGCGAACGUUUCGGCAGGUUCUACUAUCGCUUUCCGGAGGGAGAGUCCGCCGCCGAUGUGUUCGAUCGCGUUUCAAAUUUCCUGGAAUCACUGUGGAGGGACAUAGACAUGAACAGACUUCACCUGGAUACCAAGCAGGAUCUGAAUCUGGUAAUUGUGUCACACGGACUGACAUCACGGGUAUUCUUGAUGAAGUGGUUCAAGUGGACAGUGCAACAAUUCGAGCAUUUAAACAAUCCGGGGAACUGUGAAAUCCGGGUAAUGCAGCUGGGGAGUGGAGGGGACUACAGCUUAGCAGUGCAUCACAGUGACGAAGAACUGUUGGAAUGGGGGCUUUCACCUGAGAUGAUAGCUGAUCAGAAGUGGAGGGCCAAUGCAGACAGGGGCGCCUGGAAUGAUCACUGCCCCUGGUACUUGGAUGAAUUCUUUGAUCGUCUUCCUGACCACUCUGACGAUGACACUGCUGCUUAACGAGAUGAAACCACCACUACAUAGUUUGCCCUCCUUCUGCCUUUACGAAUUCUUUGAGCUUCUUUAAUACUAGGUAUACUAGUGAAACUGCAAAGUGCAAACAAAUCUAUUCUUUAA